AUGUCCUUCCAUGCACAUGUACGUAAACUCACAUCGGGUCAUGGCAAAGGCUCUCAGUUGAAACGUCCGUUGGAGAAUAUACGAUGUACUAUUGAUUUGAAUUGUCCUGCUCACAAACCAUAUCCGAAGGGAGUAUGUACGAAAUGUAAACCACCUGUGAUGACAUUGAAUCGGCAGAAGUAUCGUCAUGUCGACAACAUCUUUUUCGAGAAUCAAGACAUUGUAAAUGAUUUUUUGAAUUUUUGGCGUACAACUGGUAAUCAGCGGGUCGGUUAUCUUAUUGGAAAAUAUCAACCAUUCUCGGAUGUCCCUCUCGGUAUAAAAGCUGUAGUUGCAGCCAUUUAUGAACCACCUCAGAAUUGUUCACCUGAUGGGGUACAAUUGCUUGACGAUCCCAACGAAGAGGCUGUUGAUCAACUCUGUAACUGGCUUGGAUUAAAGCGUGUCGGAUGGAUCUUUCACGGAUCUCUGCAUGCGUUCUUCUUGUCUGCUGAGGAGUGCAUAACCGCAGGAUAUCUCCAGUCGUUACAUCCAAAUGAUCACACGCCGAAUAAUUGCUUUCCGACGGUUUCAAACCAAUGCACUGCUUUGGUUGAGGCCCAGCUUCUCUGUCCAACGAAUCAUCCUGAAUUGGCAUACAUACGAGAGAAACCACUCACAGAAUCACAGUACUUGACGGAUGUUCAGUUCACUGAGAAAAACCAAUAUGGUGCAGAAGUUCUCAAAGAUGCUCGACCGUUGCCAGUGGAAUUUCUUCUGGUUGACGUACCGACUGGAAUGCCCAAAGAGCCACAAUACACGUUCUCGCCACCUCCACCUGUGGCUCGCUUCAACAUCGAAAACAGGGACUCCAUGGGUACCACACAGGGUGGUGCUAAUUUGAGUGCCUACUGUGCCGAGUACUCUCUCAAUCAAUUCCUCGAAGAAGCCACAAACUUCCACUUCUUGCUGUACCUCAUGACUAAUAAUCUUGUGCAGUUCAGCGAGAUUGAAAUGCAGGUAAUUUGUACCGCGGUGUGCAACCAGGAUC